CUUCCCAGGCCGGGCCGGGCUUCAGUCUGAGGUGGGAAGGAAGGUUUUGGCUGCAUUUCUGGAUCAAAGCGAGACUUUGGGUUUAUUUGCAUUCUCUGAAGGCUGUGUCUGACGUCUCAGUCCCAGCAUUUCUUUAGAUCGCCUGAAAUCUGAAGCUGCCUAUCUUACACGCUCAAGGUAGAACUUGAGUGAACUUUGGUCAUCCGGCUGAGAAUGAGGUAACGAAAUCGUUGCAAAAGGGAUGAAGAAGGUUGUGUCAUUGACUCCUCACGUUGGGUCCGUUUUGAUAGGCUUCUGGGAAAUGCAGGCAGUAGGGUAGCAGCUACGAAGCACGCUCUGUAGUCAUUUAGUUGAUGAAUAACACUCUGUUUCAGUGAAGGUCCUGCAAUUGAAGAUUGUUCUUUACAUAGAAAAAGAUAAGUAUAAAUAACGCAGGAAGAAUAGGGUGUACAAAAAGUUAAUGAUUGGAUUUUUUUUUGUUUUCUCCCCUACUAUCUUAAAAUUGAAUACUUGUUGGUUUUUCUUUAUUAAUAUCAUGUUAAAGGAGUACGUUUCCUCAUUGUUCAAAAAAAUCUUAGGUGGGCUUUUUGAAACUGUUGGUGUGUCUUUUGCUUUGAGUACUUGUGCCUCUAACGUGCUAUAUACAUGCACACGUAUGACAUCUUUGUAAAAUAUAUUAAGAUAAAGCAUGUGUCCUUGUUUUUCCUUGUCCUUGUAAUACAUAAAAAUAAGCAUAAGAUUGCACUCCCUUUUAACUUCAUGGACAGAGGUAGAAAACUUUCUCUGUUGGAGUUAGACUUGCGCUGCAGAAUUGGAGGUACUCUUUCCUGACGAAUUUCUGGACUCCUUGGGCUCUGGAUGCCAUGCGUCUUGGCCUUUUAAAGGCACACAUGACUGAGAUUUGAACCAGCAGCUCUUUUGUCUUAAUGGUGCAUUACAUCUGUCCUUUCUGUGUUCUCUGUCCCCGUGUCUAAGAGAGAGAUGUAAACAUAAUAUGACUGAGGAAGAAGACUUGGAUUACAGAGUUAGCUGUAUGUCGCAGAUUCAAGGAAUCUUACUGAGAAUAUCUGUGUUGCUACUUUUUUCCCCAACCUAAGUGUUCCGUAUAUGAACGUAUAUCCUCUAAAUACUCACCAUACCAAAGCCGAUACUUAAAAAUUUAUAUUAGUUUUUCUUAUAAUAAAAGCACCUUAGAACUUAAGUUACUGAACAAGAUUGAAGAGACGACGAUAGUAUUUCAGUUCAACUUUUAGCGUGCUCCUUCCUAAGGAAUGGCUUAGAUUGCACGUUAAUUUCUUCAGUUAGAGAAGUGAAAAGCAAAGUGGUGGAAGAACUGUAAGGUUUCACAUGAGGUGUAUGUAGGGAAGGUCAAACUGAAAAAUCACACUACUUUGUUACUCGAGUGUUUUUAAAACUGUGAGCUCCCUUUGUAGAGCAUAGGUGAGACAGUGUACACUUUUGUGCAUCAUGUGUGAAAGUGAGAUUAGCAUGAAGUUAGGGACAUCGGGGUUUUGUAGCUGAAUUCUUAACGUACCAAUUAAUAUUCUUUUUAACUUACAUUUUAGAAACCUAACAUUUGAAAUAUUUAAGAAGCGAAUGCCUCUGGAUUUUGGAACAAAUUGCCUAACAAGAUGCCAACAAGAAGAGCUGGGUUCAGUUUUAAUGUUAACCUACCUGUGGUUCUCUGCUGGGUUUUCCUAAGAGUGUAGUGAACUGAUGAAAGUUGGCAGCAAGAGCACAGAGGGGAAGGCAGUAUUGGAAGAAAACAGUGAUUUUGAAGAAACAAGCACAAGAGUCAGAGCUGUGAGCUUGCUUGGCGGACUGGAUUGUGCUUUUAUCAAGUCCAAGGCUUGCAUUCUGAGUUUAUGUGGAAGAGAUGCUGCGGCUGUUCUCAAGCUCUCUGACAGACUAAUUUCAAUGUUUCAGUAUUGCAUCAUCUCGUGUUGAGUAACAGAAGCUCCCCUGUUCGUUGAUCAAUGUGACAGGCCCCAGCAGUUUACGAGAUGAGCCAAGCCCGUGGGAGAUAUGACUUCUGCAUUGGGCUGGUGUUGGCUAUGAGCUCCAGCAUUUUCAUUGGAGGGAGUUUCAUCCUGAAAAAGAAAGGUCUUCUCCGAUUAGCUAGGAAAGGCUCCAUGAGAGCAGGUCAAGGUGGUCAUGCAUACCUUAAGGAGUGGCUAUGGUGGGCUGGGCUUCUUUCAAUGGGAGCGGGUGAAGUAGCUAACUUUGCUGCCUAUGCUUUUGCACCAGCUACAUUAGUGACUCCUCUAGGAGCUCUCAGUGUUCUUGUAAGUGCCAUUCUGUCAUCCUUCUUUUUAAAUGAAAAACUUAAUCUACAUGGAAAAAUAGGGUGUUUGCUAAGCAUCCUUGGAUCAACCGUGAUGGUAAUUCAUGCUCCACAAGAGGAAGAGGUGGAAACUUUAGACGAAAUGUCCAGCAAACUACGUGAUCCAGGUUUUGUGGUCUUCGCAACACUUGUUGUCAUUGUGUCUUUAAUUCUAAUAGUUGUGGUGGGACCUCGCCAUGGACAGACCAACAUUCUUGUGUACAUAACAAUUUGCUCUGUGAUUGGAGCGUUAUCAGUCUCCUGUGUAAAAGGUCUGGGCAUUGCUAUAAAGGAACUUUUUGCAGGAAAACCAGUGCUGAAACGUCCCUUGUCUUGGAUUCUGCUGCUAAGCCUUAUUGUCUGCGUGAGCACGCAGAUCAACUAUUUGAACAGGGCUCUGGAUAUAUUCAACACAUCAAUAGUGACUCCAAUCUAUUAUGUAAUCUUCACCACAUCUGUUUUAACUUGUUCUGCUAUCCUGUUCAAGGAAUGGCAACACAUGGCGGCUGAUGAUAUUAUUGGCACCUUCAGUGGCUUCCUUACUAUUAUUGUGGGGAUCUUUUUAUUGCAUGCCUUCAAAGAUGUUAAUUUCACCCUAGCAAAUCUGCCCGUCUCCUUGAGGAAAGAUGAUAGAGCAGCAAAUGGGUCUUUGCUGAGCACAUAUGACUGCUUUAAUCACGAUGAAGAAAGUUCUACCUGUGUAAGUGAAAUACAAUCCACGGAGAGUCUCUCAGCCAGGAGAAAUGGAAGUCUGUCAGCCUUCUGAAGACAUCUACUUGUUAAAUAAGAGAAGAACAAUUCUGUAACUCUGGAUUUUUUUUUUUUUCCUGCUGUGAAAUGUCUGAGCUUGUCUGGAACCUCAUGUACUUCCUAACAGUGUGGGUAGACAAUCUUUUAAGUUCGAUUAGUUUGGAUCAAAAACACCGAAGGGGGUUUUAAUUUGCCUUAUUUUUACUUUACAAAAAUACUAAAAUGACCUCAGACCACACUUGGUGUUGUUGCUUAAGUUGUGUAAAUACUUUCAUUUCACUCUUCUGUCUCAAGAUGUAUUGCACUAAUGACAAUUUUAUCCAAAAUAAAUGGCUUUAUUUCUGCACUGGUGGUAAA